AUGGUGGCCCUUAAGCAAUCCGGGCUGGUGGUGUGCGCCCUCCUCGCCUCUGUCCUCGGCGCGUCGGUUCCGGCCAAGCUGCCCAAGCUGUCCGACUUCACUGCCGCGCAGAUCGAGAACGGUGAAGCUCUCAGCGCGUUGGGCGAGCUCGCUCACAAGAACCUGGACCCGAAGUUCCGCUGCAAAUCUCCCCGCGCCGCCGCCAAUCCUUGCACGCCAGGCAAGUUGAGGAUCCGCAGAGAAUGGGGGUCUCUGUCCGUAGACCAGCGCAAGGAGUACAUCGCGGCCGUCCAGUGCCUUCGCACGAAGCCCAGCACUCUCGACCCAGCCACCGCCCCCGGCGCCAAAUCCCUCUUUGACGAUUUCGUGGCCAUCCAUCUCAUGCAGACCAUGAACAUCCAUCUCUCGGGUAUCUUCCUAACGUGGCACCGCUACUACACCUGGGUGUACGAGGAGAAGCUCCGGACCGAGUGCGGCUACACCGGCACAGUGCCCUACUGGGAAUGGGGCCUGAGCGCCCACGACCCUGCCUCAUCCCCGGUAUUCGACGGAUCGGAGACCUCCCUCGGCGGCAACGGCGACUACGUCCCGCACGAAGGGCUCAUCCUCACCGAACCCCUCAACCCCGCCGCCCUCAUCCCGCUCCCCGCGGGUUCCGGCGGCGGCUGCGUGACGACGGGCCCGUUCGCCAACAUGACGGUGCACAUCGGACCCGUGGCGCUGGCCCAGUACGGCACGACCGACGCGACCAGCUCGGCGGACCCGCUGGGCGACGGCAACGCGCGCUGCCUCAAGCGCGACCUGAACGCGGGCGUGGCUAGUCGGUACACCAGCUUCCGCAACACGACGACGCUGAUCCUCGAGAACGCCGACAUCGCGCGGUUUCAGGGCGUCAUGCAGGGCGACCCGCGCUAUGUACGUGGUGAGCUGGGCGUGCAUGGUGGUGGCCACUUUACGAUUGGUGGUGACCCGGGCGCGGAUCCGUUUAUUUCGUCGGGGGAUCCGGCGUUUUUUGUGCACCACUCGCAGAUUGAUCGCGUUUACUGGAUUUGGCAGAUGCUCGAUCUUGAGAACCGCAAGGACGUGUUUGGGACCCAGACUUUCCUCGACUUCCCCCCGAGCCCGAACGUCACGCUUGACGACGUUAUUGAUAUCUCGCCUCUUGCGCCGCCUAUCCGGCUCGGAGACUUGAUGGACACCGUCGGUGGCUCGCCGUUCUGCUACAUCUAUCUCUGA